UUCCGGAUAUGUUUUUUUCAAAGAAGACCUGUCAAAGAAUAUGAGUCUUCAUAGAAAAAAAAACAGUGACCAACAGAAUCUGAAGACAUAAAUAUGAAACUGUACUACAAGAAUGAUGAAGUGCUACCAUUACAGAAUACAAAACCAAAAUCUGCAUUCCUUGGUUUGGUACAGUGGACGUGUAUGCUGAUUGCUGGCACAUUAGCAUAUGGAAGUUACACAAUUUUUGUCCAUCUGUGUGAGGUAGAUGGUAGGAUUCCUUUCAGUUCUGCAUCGUCGACCCUCAUGAUAGAAGCCUCAAAGCUUGUGACUUCAUUGGUGCUAUACUUACAACAGACAUCCUGUAAACCAAUCAGCAUUCCAAAGUUUACAUUAUGGCUUCCAUUCUCAAUACCAGCAAUAUUAUAUGCUAUAAAUAAUAACAUGGCAAUACACAUGCAGUUACAUAUGGACCCGACUUCUUAUCAGGUUCUCAGCAAUAUGAAAAUAGGGGUUACAGCAGUAUUAUAUAGAAUCAUUAUUGGCAGACGUCUGUCUAAGAUACAAUGGUUUGCAUUAGGAAUUUUAACGAUAGCAGGGCUGUUUGAUAGCUAUGGAGGGUAUUCUAGUAAAUCACGGUCUGUGACAGAAAUCCAUAUUACCUUGACUGGGUUAAUUAUGAUGAUCUCAUAUUGUUCUAUCUCAGGGUUCGCUGGUGUCUACUCUGAGUACAUUCUCAAAAGACAUAUCAAAAUGUCCCUUCACUUACAGAAUAUGUUGUUAUAUAUAUUUGGUGUGUGUGUGAAUGGUACAGUUUGGUUUAUACAUGAACUAAGUAAUCCAGAAAUUGAGGAUAGAUUCUCAUUGUUUAGAGGAUAUACUGGUUUAACAGUUGUUAUCAUUUUAUCACAGGCUUUAAAUGGUUUGAUCAUGUCUUCCAUAAUGAAGUACGCUAGUAACAUUACACGACUAUUUAUAAUAUCCUGUUCGACACUGAUCACAGCUGUUUUGUCCGUACUAGUGUUUGGUACAACUUUAAAUAUGUAUUUUAUUAUGUCUGCUGUUCUAGUGUGUGUUUCUAUUUAUAUUUAUUAUAUGAAAUAGACAAACAAAAUGUUUUUUACUUAUUUAUUUAUUUAUUUAUUAGGUUAAAAUCAGUUAACCUUGUUCGUUGUUUUUGUUCUUACUGAUUGACAUCAAUUUUCAACAUGGUUUUUUUGAGGAAUCUUUUUAUAAAUUGAGGAAAAAAUUGCACAAAUGAGGGUAUUUUCUUUCAGAAUCUUUUCAAAUAAUGCAAAUUUGUAUAUCUGUCAGGUCAUUUGCCUUUUAGAGGCAUACCUGGAACAUUAACGCAUAACACUAACAAUUUGGUCACCUGUUUAAAAAAAUAUCCCUGUUUAUCACCUGCAAUUUCAAAAAUUUUAUGACUGUGGUUGAAAAAAAAGGGAUAAAGUUGCCACUUUUGCAAGACUCAAGUACUUUGUUUAUCUUUUAAAAUGAAGAUUUUAUGGACCUUGAUAUAUCAAUGAAGUUAACUGUAAUACACAUGUCUUCCUAUUAAGAUUGCUCAAUAUAUAGUUUUAUAUAAAAAAGAAAACCAUUGAAAAUGGGGUGUAAAAUUAUCUGCACUACUCAUCUAGAUAUAAAUGUAUUGUUAUAGAAAACUAGUCAUAUCUUAGACCGAGAACACAGUUAUUUCGUAGUGCAUUUCUUUUAGAUAGUCUUUCCAUUCAUCAGUCCCAUUUUUGUUGCAAAGUUUGAGCAGGGGCAUUCGUAUCCUCAGACACAUUCUUCUUUUAUUUUUACGUGUAAUUUCAUCCCCCUACUUACUAUUUUAUGCAUAAAAUAUAAAGAAUUUUUAAAGGUGUCUGAAAAAAUUUGCAAAUUAUACACUGUCCACACAAGAGACUCUAUUUGUAGACAAGGAAAAAUCAAAGGACGAUAACUGUGUCCCUGGACCAUAUAUAAUAACACUUUAUUCUGAGUAUAUACUAUUCUUGUUAUUUAUUCAGUUGAUGUCAUAAAGUAAUAUGGGUUUCUUGAGAACCAUGUUUAUGAAAGUGGGUUACGGCUGCUUGAUUUAUAUUUGUGGUUUAAUUGUGCGAGGGUGUUGUUGUAUAUAUAUUGCUGUCUAUUUUAAUUAGUCAUAGAGAGAAAAUUCAUAUGUUACAAAUAUUUAUACCUAUAUUUUGAAAAAGAAAUCCAAAGAACUGUGUUAGAAUUAGAACAUUAUAUCUUAACAUUGUAGACUACUGUAAAUUCAGAAAUUAAUGUGUGCAUUUAUUAUUACAAAUCCUUCACCAAUGGCAACAAAGCAAAGUCUAAUUAAUGCGAUUGCAAAAAUGUUAUGAAAUCACUUGUGAAAUUAUGAAUGCAACUUUUUUUUUAUUGCAAAAUUGAUACUAGAAAAAGAAGUGGAGACAUGAAAAGGCAUUUUAUAUAAUGAUAAUACUAGAUAAAUUUUCUUUAAAAAAAAAUAAUGGACAUACUAUGAGAGGGGGAGAUUUGACUGUUCACAAGGAGACUGUCUCCUGCUUCUCUUCCAAUUUGGUAAGUCUUCUAACAUGAAGUUUGUAAUCUAGAAACAUUUUUUUUUCCCCAAAGCUUAAAUUUAUUAAAGUCCUCAACUGUAUUAUGAUCAUUGGAUUACUGACUGUAGAAUGUGACCUCGCAAUAAUAUCUGAUUGAAAGACUCUUACUUGAAUAUAUACAGUAAAUACAUUAAUUAUUCUUACUUUGUUGUUGGAUAUGGAAGAUUUGCUAUAAUAAAUGCACACAUUAUAUCAUGAAUUAAAAUAUUUUAUCAGUACUAUUGAAUGUUUAUUUUGAAAUGUUAAUAUGAAAGUGUGUUAAGACUGUGAUUACACAUUUAAAAAUCAAAACCUUCAAUAGUUUACAGCUUUAUUUUUGUCAAUCAUAUUGUUUACAUUGUUCUUAUAAUUUUAUAGCUGUUUACAUGUUUAGAUUUAUUAUAUAAUUUUUUUCCAAUUACAUCAUCAUAUACCUUAGCAAUUGGAAAAUAUUUUUAAAGCUGUUUUUCUGUGAAUAUAGUUUGUACAACAGGAUUUGACCUUUCUUUUUUGAGAAAGGUUAGCUGCAAAAUUUUAAUUUAUAGAUUAAUCAUCAGUUAUUAUUAUAUAUCUUUAGUUUUGCAAAUUGGUUAGCAAAUGUACACAUUUAGUUGCUGCACUUUCCACAAAAAGUCAGCAAAAAUAUGUUUAAUAGCCUGUACCGGUAUUUUUUUCAAUAUAAAGUUGGAAAAUGUAACUAUAAAUGUCCUAAUUUUUAAAAAGAACAAUAUUUAAGUAUUGUGCAAAUUUUAACCUGAAAUUCAAGAUCCAUGUCUGAAUUGGAUUAAUUGUAGGUGUUAAUGAAACUUUCAGCACUUCAUACCUGCCAAAUUUCAAAAUUCCCUUGGGGGUUUUACUUGCAAGAUGGCUCUUAUAGUCCUAAAAAACCUUCAAGGGGGCCUUCAAAUGUAUUUUAAUGAUAUUUUUUUUUACUUCUUCUUACUUUUAAAAGCCUGCAGCCAUUGUAAAAUUAACUGUAUUAUUUAAAAUUGUGGACAAAAUUGCUCUUUCAAAAUUUCAAUUUGGGAGCUUUCAUGGGGGAAAUCCCCCGCAAAUAGUGACAGUUGGCAGGUAUGGCACUUUGCUGUAUUGUAGUGGCCAGUUUUUAUUGGUGGAAGAAGUCAGAGUGCCUGGAGAGAACCAUCACCAUUGCCCAUCCUAGUCAAUUAAGAUGGAAGUCGAAAGCACCUGCAACAAUCAGGGUUGGAACUCACAACCUCAGUGCUGACAGGCUUGUGAUUGCUGAUGAGCUACUUAGACCACUCAGCCACUGAGCCACUGUCUGAAUUGGAAUCUGUAAAAAUUUUCAUUUCACUUUCCAUUGAAAAAAUUUUGAAUGCCACUACUUCAAUCUAAUUAAAAUAAGUUCUCCAUACUUGCUCCUCAUUUUCAUUUCAAUUGUUUAUGUAUCACCAAGGAUUUGUAUGGUAUCACAUUUAUAAAAGAUAACAUAUUAUAUGUUUGAAAUGGUUUUUUUUUUUACUAAUAAUCAUGAAGAACAAUAUCCUAAUGAUUGAAUUAAGUUCACUUAUCAAUGGUAAUUAUUUUAGAUUGAAACAGAGUAGCACACCUACCUCAACACAUAUGGGCAUACACACUAUGAAGUACAAGGUUUUAUUCCACAUCAGGAAGAUGUUUGUGGGACAAUUGGGAAGUUUAAAUGUGGGACAAUUUAAAAACCUUGUUGAGAUGUUUUGUUAAUUUUUGUUUUUGUUUUUGAUUUUUGUUCUUUUUUUUUCUAUCGCUACACAUGUGUAAGGUUAGGAGAGUUGAAUGCUUGUUAUGUUAAGGAAGAUCAUAAAAAAGAGUGCAUUUUUGUGUAAUUGCAAUAAACACUGUGAACAAUUACCUUUCAGCAGGAAAAUAUAAGAAAUAUCAUUUGUAUACACAUUGCAUGAAAAUAAACCUUUUUCACAUUUAUAAAAUUUUAUGGGACAAUCGGGAAGAUGUUUGUGGGACAAUUGGUAAGUUUAAAUGUGGGACAAUUGGGAAUUGUUUUGAUAGUUAUUUUAUUUGUUUUUAAAGUAUGAAGCAGGUAAUUACAGGUAAUUCAAUGUAACUUAUAAAAUUUGAAAUAAACAUGGAGAAAAAAUGGUAUUUACAUAAACAUAUAUAUAUAUAUAUAUAAUUACUCUAAAUAUAUAUAUAUAAUUGAAAAAUUUAAAGGUAUCAAGGAUAAAAUAAAAAAUGAAAGAUGUGUUAUAAAGAGAAAUACAAAAAUACAAAAUGUUGAUUUUAUAGAUAUUGGUCUAACAUUAACACAAUAAAAAAAAAUUAACCCCAGCUGGGUCAAACAAAAGAAAGGAAAGUUAGAAUUUGCUGCUUCUCCGCAAAGCACUCUGCAUUUUUAAGUAAGAGCAAAAUCUGGUCGGCCCUGAGUCAGAAUAAUUUGUCUGCAUGUGUAGUGUGACAUGUCUUCCUGCAGACUGUUAUCUUGUGAAAUAUCACAUAUACAAUCCGGCUUGAAGUGUUGGUCUAUAUAAAAAUAAGGUGAUGUGGUAUGAUUGCAAAUGAGACAGUUAUCCAACAGAGUUCAAAUGAAGUGAAUGUAAGGAAAGAGUAAAAUAGCAAAAAAUAACUCCAAGGAAAAUUCAUAACAGAAUCAAAUGGCAAAAUCAAACUGAUGAUUUUUUCGACAAUUCAUAUUUACAUUUAUAAAACUGAUAUUAACUUCAAGUAUGUUCAUGCCAUUAUUAAUUUUAAUUUGAUAUCGCAAAACAAACAGCAAUUACAUUGUUUAUUUAAAAACAUUUAACAUAAUAAAAUAAUGUGGGACAAUCAGAACUCCAAAAUUUCAACAAGUGGGACAUCGGGAAUAAAUAAACCCAUAAAUUGCAAUUUCAGAAUUUGCCAUUUUCUUGUUUUUAAGGAAGUCAUUAAAUUCAGACUUUUGAUCAAUUUUUCAAUUGUUAUUUGUUUUUGUGAGCCUAUUAGAAUUUGUUAUAUAAUAUGGAUUGUUUCUUAUUGUUGAAGGCUGGAGGCAAUAUCUUUAGAUGUUAAUUUUAUUCCCUUUUUCCACCCAAAUCCAUUGUGAAUGGCUGCCUCAUUUUUUGAAUAUUCCACCUUUUUAUUUUUAUUUGACAAGCUUCCUUUGAACAUAUACUGUAGUAAAAAUAAGGAAAUAUUUAAUUCAUUUCAGUCUUAAAAAAUCAAUAAAUAGUGAUAGACAAAUGCCUUUAUAAACAUGUAUUAAUGCUAAAAAUAUAUCUAAUACAUAAGUCAGAAAGUUUCAAUUGAGAGGGAUUGAAAAGUUGCUAAAAAUUAUUGACAGUUACCAUAUUUAUUUUUCUUGAAGUUGCUCAAAAGUUGGCGCAAUGAGAAAAAAGGGUAAAAUUAGUUGUUGUCAAUACUUACUUUGAAACUUGUUAUUAAGAACAUUUUACAGUAAUAGCUUUAUUUUUAAGAAAUCUGAAAUAAAUUAUUUUAGCAUUG